AUCGCGACUCGGGGACGACGCCAGCGCUCCGCGACUCGGGCGGGGCGGAGCCGGGGGGUUCCGGCCGCCGCUCCCCCUGGCCGGGGCGGGACGAGGAUCCGCGGAGAUGGGGCCGGGCCUGUGAAGCGGCAGAGCGGCCGGAUUUGCCUUGCCCUGCCCGCACAGCAGCGGUCACCCGCGGGCGCUUCUGCUGCUGUGACCUCUGGUAGGGCUGCACGCGUGGUGAGGAACUCUCUCCACACAUAAUUCAGGUAAAACAAGACCUCACAGCUAUUUUUUAAAUAUCGUGUGCGGCCAUUCGUGACUUCAAAAACUCUUCAGAAAAUCUGAGCAGAACACGUGCUUGAAAACCCUCCAGUAAUAAUAACAGUUCUCUUCUAGACAUAACCACCAGGUAGAUUAUGAGCAGCAUUGCCAAAAGCGUUUUGCAGUCAGUUAAGCACGGCCGAGCUGCGUGGCUGAGGAACAGCUCUGCUUACUCUGGAAAGCAGCGUUUUCCCAGGCUGGUUUUGGGAAUAGAGACGAGCUGUGACGACACCGGCGCUGCUGUGGUGGAUGAAGCUGGCUGUGUUCUGGGAGAAGCACUGCACUGUCAGAAAGAAGUUCAUUUACAAACAGGAGGAAUAAUUCCCGUGGUGGCACAGCAGCUUCACAGAGAAAACAUCGAGCAAGUGGUUCAAGAGGCCCUUCGUGCCAGCGGCGUUUCUGUGGCUGAGCUCGCGGCUGUGGCAACCACAGUAAAACCCGGGCUCGCUCUGAGCCUGGGCGUGGGGCUGCAGUACAGCCUGAGCUUGGUCAACAGGCACCAGAAGCCCUUCAUCCCCAUCCAUCACAUGGAGGCUCAUGCACUGACCAUCAGGCUCACACAUCACCUGGACUUUCCCUUCUUAGUUCUCCUGAUCUCUGGAGGCCACUGUCUCUUGGCAGUAGCACAGGGAGUUUCAGAUUUCCUUCUGCUUGGGCAGUCCAUGGACAUCGCACCGGGUGACAUGCUGGAUAAGGUGGCACGGAGACUGUCUCUAAGAAAGCACCCAGAGUGCCACAGCAUGGCUGGGGGGAAGGCCAUAGAGCACCUGGCUCAGACUGGGAACCAGGAACUGCUCACCUUCCGACUGCCCAUGCAGCAGUAUCGCAACUGCGACUUCUCUUUCUCCGGACUUCAGAACCUUGUCAAUAAUGCCAUUGCACAGAAGGAGAAAGAAGAAGGUAUUCAGGAAGGUGAGAUCCUGUCCUGUGUUAAGGAUGUUGCUGCUGCCGUACAGCAUGCAGUGACUGUUCAUAUUAUCCAGAGGACGUAUCGAGCCAUGCUCUUCUGCAUCAAAAACAGCAUAUUACCAUCAAAAAAUGCCACUUUGGUUGUAUCAGGAGGAGUUGCAAGUAAUCAGUAUAUCCGAAAAGGUCUACAGAAUCUGGCAGAUGCAAAUGAUUUUGCUUUACUGUGUCCUCCUCCAAGACUCUGCACUGAUAAUGGUGUUAUGAUUGCAUGGAAUGGCAUUGAAAGGUUACGUGCAGGACUGGGGGUGCUACACAGUACUGCUGGUAUCCGCUACGAGCCAAGAGCUCCCCUGGGAAUUGAUAUUUCAAAAAGAGUUGAAGAAGAGUCCAUCAAGGUGCCAAAAUUAAAAAAGAUACGAUGGUUGGCAUCUUAAAAAGUAACUUAAUAAAAUAAAUACAACUAUAAAUUGUUCAGUGAAAA